CCCGGCUGCCUUUUUCCUCCUUUCCCCCCGCCUCUCCCCCUCCCCUGUCGGCGAGGGCAAAGUGGUGGCGGCGGCGCCAUGCCCGGGCCGGAGUGAGUGCGCGCGGGCGAAGAUGGCGUACAUCCAGUUGGAACCACUGAACGAGGGUUUUCUUUCUAGAAUCUCUGAUCUGCUGCUGUGCAGAUGGACCUGCCGGCAUUGCUGUCAGAAGUGCUAUGAGUCCAGCUGUUGCCAGUCGAGCGAGGAUGAAGUUGAGAUUCUGGGACCUUUCCCGGCCCAGACUCCUCCCUGGCUGAUAGCCAGCCGGAGCAGUGACAAGGACGGUGACUCGGUCCACACAGCCAGUGACGUCCCGCUGACUCCACGGACCAGCUCCCCGGAUGGGAGGCGCUCGUCCUCAGAUACAUCCAAGUCCACGUAUAGCCUGACCCGGAGGAUUUCCAGUCUUGAGUCCAGACGGCCCAGCUCCCCGCUCAUCGAUAUCAAACCUAUUGAGUUUGGCAUCCUCAGUGCCAAGAAGGAGCCAAUCCAGCCCUCGGUGCUCCGACGGACCUACACCCCAGACGACUAUUUCAGGAAGUUCGAGCCCCGGCUCUACUCCCUCGACUCCAGCAGCGAUGAUGUGGACUCUCUGACCGAUGAGGAGAUCCUGUCCAAGUACCAGCUGGGCAUGCUACACUUCAGCACACAGUACGACCUGCUGCACAACCAUCUCACCGUGAGGGUCAUCGAGGCCCGGGACCUGCCGCCUCCCAUUGCCCACGAUGGCUCCCGCCAGGACAUGGCGCACUCCAACCCCUAUGUCAAGAUCUGCCUCCUGCCCGACCAGAAGAACUCUAAGCAGACGGGGGUCAAGCGCAAGACCCAGAAGCCUGUGUUCGAGGAGCGCUAUACCUUCGAGAUCCCCUUCCUAGAAGCCCAGAGGAGGACCCUGCUCUUGACCGUGGUAGACUUUGAUAAGUUCUCGCGCCACUGUGUCAUUGGCAAAGUGUCCGUGCCUUUGUGUGAAGUAGACCUGGUGAAGGGCGGGCACUGGUGGAAGGCACUGAUUCCCAGCUCGCAGAAUGAAGUGGAGCUUGGGGAGCUGCUUCUGUCACUGAAUUAUCUCCCGAGCGCCGGGAGGCUGAACGUUGACAUCAUUCGAGCCAAGCAACUUCUGCAGACAGAUGUGAGCCAAGGCUCAGACCCAUUUGUGAAGAUCCAGCUGGUGCAUGGUCUCAAGCUUGUGAAAACCAAGAAGACAUCCUUCUUAAGAGGCACAAUCGACCCUUUCUACAACGAAUCCUUCAGCUUCAAAGUUCCUCAAGAAGAACUGGAAAAUGCUAGCCUAGUGUUUACAGUGUUUGGCCACAACAUGAAGAGCAGCAACGACUUCAUUGGCAGGAUCGUCAUUGGCCAGUACUCCUCGGGGCCCUCGGAGUCCAACCACUGGCGACGGAUGCUCAAUACCCACCGCACAGCCGUGGAACAGUGGCACAGCCUGAGGUCCCGAGCUGAGUGUGACCGUGUGUCUCCUGCUUCCUUGGAGGUGACCUGAAGGCCUCAGGGAAGGCAGUUUUCAUCUGUGCAAAGACAGAAAAAAAUGUGUCACAUACCUAUUACAUCCAUACCUGCAUACACACUCUACACACACGUAAACACACACAUUCUGAAUCCUCUCAGAACUGAGGGGAAGCUGACUUUUCAUCACAAAAUGGUCACUCCUGUUGAGGGAGGCCUGAGAAUUUUCCAGAGGCCCCAUCCAUGUAUAUCACGAGCCAAGUGGGCUCUGCCCUGGGACUUAUGCGCAAUGCCUGUUCGUGUUCAUACCCCGUUCCAAAAUGUACUUUCUACCCGCAGGCCAGAGGAAGGGCCUACCAAAGGGAGCCAGCCACCAUCAAGACUAAAUUUACCAAGAGAGUGGCUAGUGGGUGGGAGGCCUGAUUCCCCACUCCCAAAACACACACCCGCUGGGUAACUUCGGAAUAGGCAACGGUUCCUGGGGUUCUUCUAACCUGGUACUUCUCUCCAAAGGUGUAAGUAUCUUCGUCUCUUAGUAAAUGUAAUGAAUAGGUUAGACUAUUUGGAGAAACCAAAUGGCAACAUCAACAAAAAACAUCCAGUGUAGGAAAGGUCUCAUGGCUUAACUGAUUUGUCCUUGUGCUAGCUUCCUCCAGGGGAUGCCCUGUGGGUGUACACGUAUAUGUUCUCGUGUGUGUGUGUGUGUGUGUGUGUGUGUGUGCGCGCGCGCGUGUGUGUAUGUAUAUGUACCCUCACAGACGGACACGUGUGCCUACAUGUCCUCAUGGAGAGCACAGUGAUGGCCGGGACCUCCACCAUGAGCACUCCUAUCUUUCCGCCUCUCCCAGGCCCUACUGUCUGUCAGAGCCCCCCCUAGGGGUGAUGGUACUGUAUCUAUGUCGAGUAAGUAGGAUAUACUAGAGCAAAGGCAGCAGUUUUUGACUGAGUCACGGGGACUAUGACUCACCACAAACCUAAAUACCUGGAUUACAGUGGCCGCCACACCCGGCCACGAUGAUCUCCUUUAUCACGCCCUGACGAUCUUUCUGUGUUUGUGCGUGAACCAAAGUCGUGUCUCCCGUGCUAAGGAAUUAGUGUAUUUAGAAUAGCUCUUGCUCUUUCCUUGUUGGAUGCUUCUGUGUCUUUUCCACAGCACAUUGUCUGGUGUCCUGGGGAGCUAUUUAUUGAAAUUAAAGAUUAUUUAUUUGUGCCAUGCA